AUGAAAGGGUUCCCACUACUCUGUUUACCAAAUGUUGCUCUUCAAGAAGUAUUGAGCACAAUGAACCCGCUGGAACUCGUCUUUCUCUCUAAAGCCUCACUAAAAGCCAAAAGAGUUGCAAAGUUCUUCUCCAAACAAAAACCGAUAUCUCAAUACUCCAUAAUAUUGGAUUUCGAAAACCCUUCACUUCAAAUAGAUGGAACUACGACGAAGUGCUUGUAUGAUAUUUCAAAUCUUAAAUAUAUGGAAGGAUAUCUUAACAAUGAUGAUGAAUACUAUGUGAAAUACUCAAAAAAUCGUAUCACUGCUCUGAUGGAGUUCGCGAGAUAUGUAAUUGAAGUUUUCGGUUGGCCAGUUCGUCAAGUUCAGUUGAAUUUUGGAAAGUUUCGAAACAAAAACAAUUCGAUUACCGAUUUUCUGAAAAUCCAUGUCAAAAGUACGGACUUUUGCAUAUUGGAUGGAGAUAUCAUUGCAGAUCGAUAUGCAUCAUAUUUUUUCAAAAACGUUCAAGUUACUGUUGGCAUAGUUUUAUUAUCCAAAAUGAGCGCUAACUUUCGAUUAAUUCUACCUCAACACAUUCAUUACUUGGAUAUUCAAGAAUCCGAUUAUAUCACAUAUGAUCAAAUCAACAACUUCAAUUUCGAUGUUCUCAAACUUUGCAAAACCAAGAUAACUAAUCAAGAGUUGAAUCUAUUCUUCAAAAAUUGGAUGGCAUCAAAAUCUCAUAUCAAUCUCCGCAGUUUUCUAAUCAGCAUUGAGAACCUAGAAGCAUUUGACACAAUCGCUGAUCUGCCAGAUGUUAUAAAAGGGGACCCAAAAACUGUCCGAAUCUUGCAUAGAGAACAAGUAGUCGGUGGAUGUGAUAUCAAGAGGAAUGAUGGUACAGUUGCAACACUGUACACAAAAAGUGGUGAGGAUGGGAAUGUGGAUCUUAUUCUGAUUGUUCAUUGA